CUCUAUAUAUAUAUAUAUGCUACCUCAUUUUGUACUGUUACUAUUGUUUUCUUUCGGGUCUUGCUUAUACUUUCCCCGCAAAAUCCGUGCAUUUUCCCGGAAAAUCGAUCCUUCUAGUGAACUUUCAUGGGCAUUUACUACCUGAACAGGCAUUUUAUGAAACCUGAUCUGGAUCAAAAUGUCUAGACGGUUGCUUUGCAACUGGGUUUUUUUACCUCAUGGGAGUAGAGUGUUUUGAUUCUUAGCUUUUGUAGGAGUGAUACAUGAUGGCACUAGAUGUUAUUACUAGUGCAUGUUCUUUUCCAGCUGAUGAGUGCCUUUCACAAAUUGUGGAGGGGAUGAUGGAGGUUGUAUAUGCUGCAAACAAUGUCCUUGUUAAGAAGGAGAGUUUUAAGGAAUUUUCUGUCUACUUGGAAAGGGUUGCACCUGUUCUAAAAGAGCUGAAUAAGAAAGACAUUAGUCAUUCUAGGAGCCUUAACAGUGCCAUUGAGAUCCUAAAUCAGGAAAUUAAAGCUGCAAAGCAGCUGACUGCUGAUUGCACCAAGAGAAACAAAGUGUAUCUCCUAAUGAAUUCUCGGACGAUAAUUAAGAACCUAGAGGACAUCGCAAGAGAGAUAAGCCGAGCUCUAGGUCUUCUUCCUUUGGCCUCUUUGGAUCUUUCAGCUGGUAUAAUUGAAGAGAUUGAAAAGCUUCGUGAUAGUAUGCAGAGAGCUGAGUUCAAGGCUGCUAUAGCAGAAGAAGAGAUUUUGGUGAAAAUUGAGUCCGGAAUACAGGAGAGGGUUGUUGAUCGUUCUUAUGCCAAUAAGUUACUGUUUCACAUAGCUGAGGCUGUUGGGAUCUCAACUGACAGGUCUGCAUUGAAGAAAGAGUUUGAAGAAUUCAAGAGUGAGAUUGAAAAUGCCCGGUUAAGGAAGGAUCAGGCUGAAGCUAUACAAAUGGAUCAGAUAAUUGCUUUGUUAGAAAGGGCAGAUGCUGCUUCGUCUCCUAAGGAAAAAGAGAUAAAGUAUUUCACCAAACGGAAGUCUUUGGGUAGUCAACCAUUGGAACCUCUCCAGUCUUUUUAUUGCCCAAUUACACGGGAUGUUAUGGAGGACCCUGUGGAGACCUCUUCGGGACAGACAUUUGAGAGAAGUGCAAUAGAAAAAUGGCUUGCAGACGGCCAUGAAAUGUGUCCUCUGACCAUGACCCCUCUAGACACAUCAAUUUUGAGGCCUAACAAAACUCUUAGGCAAUCAAUAGAAGAAUGGAAGGAUAGAAACACCAUGAUUAAAAUUGCUUCCAUGAAAUCAAAACUUGUAUCUGAAGAAGAAGAAGAAGAAGAAGUGCUUCAAUGCCUAGAACAGUUAGAGGAUCUCUGUGAACAAAGAGACCAACAUCGGGAAUGGGUGAUAUUGGAGAAUUAUAUACCACAGUUUAUCCAGCUUCUUGGAGCAAAAAAUCCAGAUAUAAGGAAUCGUGCUCUAGUCAUCCUUUGCAUUCUUGCAAAAGAUAGUGAUUAUGCCAAGGAAAGAGUUGCAAAUGUUGAUAAUGCAAUCGAGUCCAUUGUUCGAUCUCUUGGACGCCGUAUUGGGGAAAGGAAGUUAGCAGUGGCAUUACUGUUGGAAUUGUCAAAGUGUAACUUGGUAAGGGAUGGCAUUGGAAAGGUUCAGGGUUGUAUUCUCCUCUUAGUGACCAUGGCAAGCAGUGAUGACAAUCAAGCUGCCGCAGAUGCCCAAGAGCUAUUGGAGAAUCUUUCGUUCUCUGAUCCCAACAUCAUACAAAUGGCUAAGGCAAAUUACUUCAAACAUUUGCUGCAGCGUCUAUCCACAGGACCAGAAGAUGUGAAAACGAUCAUGGCAUCAACUCUGGCAGAAUUGGAGUUAACUGAUCAUAACAAAGCAUCUUUGUUUGAAGGAGGUGCUCUGGGUCCUCUUCUUCACUUGGUAUCAUGUGGUGACAUUCCAAUGAAAAAAGUGGCUGUCAAAGCUCUUCAGAACCUAUCAAGCUUACCUGAAAAUGGCCUGCAGAUGAUUAAAGAAGGUGCAGUUCAGCCAUUACUUGGCCUUCUCUUUCAGCACAUCUCUUCGUUUUCAAGUUUACGUGAGCAGGUGGCUACCACAAUCAUGCACCUUGCUGUAUCAACAGUAUCUCAAGAAUCCAGCCCGACGCUGGUUUCAUUGUUGGAAUCUGAUGAUGACAUUUUCAAGCUCUUCUCAUUAAUUAACUUAGCAGGGCCUGAUGUGCAGCAAAACAUUCUUCUAGCUUUCCAUGCCUUAUGCCAGUCCCCAUCAGCAUCAAAUAUCAAGGCCAAGCUGACAGAGUGCUCAGCCAUGCAAGUUUUGGUCCAGUUAUGUGAGCACGACGACCCUAAUGUGAGAGCAAAUGCUGUGAAGCUGUUAUAUUGCUUGAUAGAAGAUGACAAUGAAGCCAUCAUACUAGAGCAUGUGGGUCAGAAAUGCAUCGAGACCUUGCUCCGGAUUAUCCAAUUUUCUAAUGUUGAAGAAGUGAUUACUUAUGCGAUGGGUAUUAUCUCAAACCUCCCAGAAAAGCACCAGAUCACCCAGUGGCUUCUGGAUGCUGGGGCACUUCCUGUGAUCUCUAAAUUUCUCCCUGAUAGCAAGCACAGUGAUCCCCGUAAAAAUCACUUAGUCGAAAACGCCACUGGAGCCAUGCGGCAUUUUACUGCUUCAACAAAUCCAGAAUGGCAAAAGAGAGCUGCAGAAGCUGGCAUAAUUCCUGUGUUAGUGCAGCUACUGGACUUUGGAACUACCAUGAUGAAGAAAUGUGCUGCAAUUUCUCUUGCUCGUUUUUCGGAGAGCUCACUAGCACUUAGUCGUCCAAUACCGAAGCACAAGGGAUUCUGGUGCUUCUCUGUUCCACCUGAAACUGGCUGCCCGAUUCAUGAGGGAAUAUGUGCUGUUGAAUCAUCAUUUUGCCUUGUGGAAGCUGAUGCGGUAGGACCACUUGUGAGGGUUCUUCAAGAUCCAGAUCCUGGAACCUGUGAGGCUUCUUUAGAUGCCCUGCUGACAUUAAUUGAUGGCCUUAAACUUCAAAAUGGUAGUAAGGUGCUUGCAGAAGCAAAUGCCAUACCACCAAUUAUUGGAUUUCUUGGUUCAUCAUCCCUCAGACUGCAGGAAAAGGCUCUAAACACUCUAGAAAGGAUCUUCCGGCUGCCAGAGUUAAAACAAAAGUAUGGGUCCUCUGCGCAGAUGCCUUUGGUUGACCUGACACAACGGGGUAACAGCAGAAUGAAGUCUCUUUCAGCCAGAAUACUUGCUCAUUUGAACGUACUUCAUGAACAGUCCUCUUACUUCUAAAGAAAUUCAAUGUUUAAUGCCUCAAAAUCAUACAGAGCAGGUCUGACAAGUAAUGACUAGGAAUGAAUCCCAUCUUGAUUCUCUAGCAAGAAGCCUCUGCAUGGCUAUGAGUAGGGCUUCACGUUUUCAAUGCUGGAUGGAAAGUGGCUGUAGAAGGGCAUCUUCUCACUUCUAGAUGAUGCCAGAUAAGUUGUCUUGGGCUGAUUUCGUAACAUUUUCUAUCAUUUUUUUGUGAAGAGAGAAUAUUGAUAGAGAGAUGGAUUUUUAGAAGUGGCUUAUGUUAAGUGCCACAUAAAUUGUUCACUUUGUACAGUUGAAAGUUGAAUUAGCUAUUGAUUUGUCUGCAGGAGAAAAUGACAGAUCAGGAUUAGGUAACCAUUGAUAGACUGGUUACUGUACCCUCCCCGAUCAUUCUUCAUUUUUUCCCCUACUAGAAUUGAAUUCUUUGCUCGUAUUUGUGGCAUAGCUUCUGAUA